AUGUUUUCAAUCUCCAGAAUCACUAGAACUUCUAGUUUCACUACACAGUUUAGAGCGCUAUACCGUUUUAAACACUCAGCAAGGAAACUCCAGAGCAUCCCUUUCAGCAUAUACAAGAAAAUGUCCGCUGCCGACAGACUGAAUCAGACCCACGACAUCCUAUCCGAAUCCGUGCAAGCCGUGGAAAACCCUUUCAAAGUCACCGUGAUUGGGUCCGGUAACUGGGGUACCACCAUCUCCAAGGUUGUGGCCGAGAACGCUGCGCUAAGACCACACUUGUUCGUCAAGCGUGUCGACAUGUGGGUGUUUGAGGAGACCGUCGACGGCCAGAAGUUGACCGAGAUCAUCAACACCAAGCACCAGAACGUCAAGUACCUGCCUAACAUCGACCUGCCAGAGAACCUGGUCGCCAACCCAGACUUGGUCUCUGCCGUCAAGGACGCCGACAUCCUGGUCUUCAACAUCCCUCACCAGUUCUUGCCACGCAUUGUCUCCCAGUUGCAGGGCAACAUCAAGAAGGACGCCCGUGCCAUCUCCUGUUUGAAGGGUUUCGACGUGUCCAAGGACGGUGUCAAGCUGCUAUCCACCUACGUCACCGAGAAGCUCGGAAUCACCUGUGGUGCCCUUUCCGGUGCUAACUUGGCCCCAGAGGUUGCCAAGGAGAACUGGUCCGAGACCACUGUUGCCUACGAGUUGCCAAAGGACUUCAAGGGCGAGGGCAAGGACGUCGACCACGCCGUCUUGAAGGCUUUGUUCCACAGACCAUACUUCCACGUCAACGUCAUUGACGAUGUCGCUGGUAUCUCUGUUGCCGGUGCCUUGAAGAACGUUGUCGCUCUAGGUUGCGGUUUCGUCGAGGGUCUAGGCUGGGGUAACAACGCCUCCGCUGCCAUCCAGAGAGUUGGUUUGGGUGAGAUCAUCAAGUUCGGUCAGAUGUUCUUCCCAGACUCCCGUGUCGAGACCUACUACCAGGAGUCCGCCGGUGUUGCUGACUUGAUCACCACCUGCUCUGGUGGUAGAAACGUCAGAGUCGCCACCCACAUGGCCAAGACUGGUAAGUCUGCCGAGGAGUGCGAGAAGGAGCUGUUGAACGGCCAGUCCGCCCAGGGUAUUCACACAUGUAAGGAGGUCCACGAGUGGUUGGCCGAGUGCGGUAAGACCGAUGAAUUCGUUCUGUUCGAGGCCGUUUACCAGAUUGUCUACGAGAACGCUCCUAUGGACACUUUGCCAGACAUGAUCGAGGAUCUGCAGGGUGUUAACAUUCCAAAGGAGGAAGGCGAGCACAGCGAAUAA